AUGUCGUUAGAACAUGGAGCUAAGAAGAAACGGCAUCAUAACCCAGUGGACAGUAUUUGCAGAAAGAUCAAAUCCAUCCAAAUGCUGGACCAAGUCUCUAACCCAGCUAUGCAGAUACCAAAAUUUCAGUCCAGGAACUUCGACAGUCCACAGUCCAAUAUCAAAAAAAAUCUGGAAGAAAUUCUGAAGAGAAGAACUUUUCGAAGUCAUGACACUCAUUCAGUCGUAAUCAGUCCUGACAGAGACAGUGUUUUCUCUCCAAACUUGUCGCCUUGUCUCGGGCCCAUCUCUGACCACCAUCCUGCAAAUGCUACUUUUAUAGCUGGUGAAUGCAAUGAGAGAUCUAGGAACACAUCGAUACCGGUGUGUCCCAGGGAGGACUGUUCUCCAUUGUUCUUUGGAUCCAGGGAGGUGAAUUCUCAGCACAAACUGUAUGCUUUACCAACUAUUGAACCCAAAGAUGUGCCUUAUAAACAGAAGUAUCUUACAUCAAGUCCGAACUUAUAUUUCUUCACAUCUGGUAAAAAGCCAGAAAGUGCUGUGAUCCAACCUCCUUUGUCAAAGAUCUUUCCUUCGAAUGAAAGAGGAAAGGUGGCAGUUUCCAAGAUAAUUGAUUACUUGAGGCAUACAACUAGUCGGGGAUCAGAAGACAGUGAUCUUGAUGAGCUAUGCAACAUGCUUGACCCAGAUCAGAAAGAUGUUUCCAUGGACCUGAAAACGUAUCAUGCUGUCAUGGGAGAGUGGAUUGAAGAUCGUAAGAGAAAAUGGGAAGAGGAUGCCAGUGAGGAAUCAUCAGCCAGUAUGGAAGGCCUGGAAUUUCAAGUGCUUAAAAACACCUGUGAAGCAAAAAAGGCACAUGCCAGGAUGAAUGUUACAUCAGGAAGCUUGGAGGCCUUUGGGGGUGAUGUGUCCAGAGGAGACAUGGAGACUUCUGACCUGAUAACCUGUGUGGCAGACCUGCAGUACAACAACCAGAAGCUUCAGGAAGAGAACAACAAGCUGAAGCUCACACUGGAAGCUGUAGAUGAGACCAGCAAUAAGCUGUUGGCAGAUAAUGAGGAUUUACGUCAACAAAUAAAAAGCAUCCAGCACUCUGUGUUGAAAGCCAAAGCACUUGAAGAAGAACUAGAAGAAACAAAGAACAACCUGAACCUGUCAGAAGAGAAGAGAGAGCAGAUUCUCUUGCAGAACAAACAGCUAGAAAAAGAAAAUCAGUCUCUCAACAGCAAAGUUACUUCUCUCCAGGAAGAGAAUAUUAGGAAUAGCAUGGACACCGAUGGACUACACAAGAAGAUCUUGGAGCUAUCCAAAAAUGCAGCAGAGCUUCAAGUCCAAGCCCAUAUCUAUGAGAGCACUAUGGUGACCAAAGAGGCAAGCUUGAUCCAGAUGACCAAGACUGAAUGGACAUCCCUGGAUGAAACACUGGACCGUGAAGUGCUGCUUUUACUUCAGGGGCCUGAAUAUGCAGGAGAAAAAUUUAAGACUAUCAUGCAAAACCUGCAAGAGGAGGCCUCUGAAGCAGAGAAGCUUGUCAUGACUUCAUUACAAUGGGUGAAAGAGCUUGAUGAGAACAUACAACAGGCUUGGGAAAGUAAACUUAUGGUUCUCAAGAAAGAACUAGGAGAAAAAACACUUCUUUGGAUCCAGAAACUUCAGCUCUUGGAGAAAUGCAAAGACUCCCUAGAUAAGGAUUUUGUUCGAAUGGCAGGAAACCUGAGGAGAACCAAGACAGAACAAAUUCACCUGAAGAAAGAGCUCUCUGCUAGGCAACAGAAGAUGGAAGCUGUCAAACAGUUACAAGAAGAAACUGCUGGCCAGGCAGAAGCCCUUGGUUUAGAGCUGCAAAAAACUAUGAGGCAGCUUGAGGAUGCUAGCAGACAUGCAGAAGAUCAAGUUGAAGCAUUUCACUCUGCUUGUGAGGAAAACGCAUCCUUGAAGUGCAAGUUGGAGGAAGCCAUUUCGGAGCAGGAAAAGCUCAAGGAUGUGAAUGCAGCUCUAACAACCACUUGCCAGUUGCUUCAGGAAAAAGUGGAACAGCAGAAAACCUGCCUUGAUAUGGAGCAAAAAUCACCCAAGGGCUCAUGUGAGGAAGAGGAAGAUGUGCCAACUUCCGUAGCAACGGAGAAAAACAGUGACAAGGAUCUGGUUGGGUCUGUAUCAGGUGAAAAUCAGAUCAAGAAUGAAUCCUCCCCUGUGAUGGACAGUGUUUCAAAGCAAGACCCGGAGGUUGAACAGGAAAAGAAAAUUAACGAAGAGCAGAGUGAGGAGGCUCCAGCUGUGGUUCCUGUUAGGAAAGGGAGUUCACCCACUGCAGGUGGCAUUAAAGGAGAUAAAGCAAAGUCAAAUGAGCCUGACUCCCCUAAUGAGAAGGAGGUGGAGGCUGAAUUUCUGAGGUUGUCUUUAGGUUUUAAAUGUGACUUGUUUACCUUGGACAAGAGAGUGAGGCUCGAAGAAAGGUCUCGAGAUUUGGCUGAAGAAAACUUGAAAAAGGAGAUCAUGAAUGCUGUAAAGAUGUUAGAGGCUUUAGUUCCUUUGUGUGAAGAAGACAACCAAGCACAGGAGAUCAUUAAGAAGCUGCAGAAAAGCUUGCAGUUCCUUAGCCAGUAUGCAGCCCGAGUUGCCAGCAGAGCAGAGAUGUUGGGAGCUAUUAAUCAGGAGAGCAGGGUCAGCAAGGCCGUGGAAGUAAUGAUUCAACAUGUGGAAAAUCUGAAGCGCAUGUAUGCCAAAGAACAUGCAGAACUCGAGGAGCUGAAACAGGUCCUGCUCCAGAAUGAGAGAUCUUUUAGUUCCCUUGGAGACAGAGAUGAAUCUACAAAUAAAAAGCUGCCAAGUCCUUUUAACUUUAAGCCAUCGGCAGCCCUGAGAAGAGUUAGCAUUGCAACACUGCCCAGGAGUGCUGGGAAUGCAGGGAUUGGGUUGCCACUGGCCCAGUUCCACGAAGCCGAUGGAGAUGAACGGAGUGAAAGAUUCAACAGGAGAUCAAGCAGCUGGGGGAGAUUAGGAGCAAAGCAAAAUGAGAAACGCCCUUCGCUGCAGAGAUUCCUGAGCACCUACUCCUGGGCAGAGUAUGAAGAGGAAUAUUUUGAAACCAAACAGGAGCAGUCAGAAUUACCUGCUGAAGUACAGGAACAACCAACCAGGAAGGAAAGUGUCUCUGAAAAAGGAAAACAUUCAUCAAAAUGGACCCUGGAGUCAGCGUACAAUUUAAUGUCAUCGUGGGCAUCCCACCUCAAGGCUUCCUUUUCCAACGCUAACAAAACCCUCUGGUUCUCUGUUUCCAUCCUGGUUCUCCUGGCUGCUCUCACAAGCUUCCUCACAGGGCUGUCCCUCCAGAGACCAGCAGAUGCAGCACCUGUAGGGACUGGGGACUCCUGGAUGUCACUACAGCAACUGCUGUGGCCAUACACAGGACUUCAACACAAUGGCCCUCCCCCGGUAUAA